UAACAAAGGUGGCGGUGAUAAAGGAAAGGCCCAUCCUACUAGGGGUAAACCAAAGAUGUUGUGACCGGGUAAACUUAAUGAGCAGCGGGAUGUCAUACGUCGCAACUUGUCUACCACUAGGCCACUUCAUUAUUCGUCUCCAGCCCCGUCUCAACCUCCAACAUCAACUAAGAUUGUAGCACCUGCUGAUACUAUAACACCACCGUCUCACUCGACACCAUCUCCCAUUCAUGCCUCAACCCCUGAGGUAUUUGUCUUUAUGCCGACUCCAGGUUUAAGUAUUCAUACCAUGGGUGCCUCUUCACAACAUUCCCCACAUGAGGCUUUGGUAGAGAAUAAUGUGGAACAAACUUCCGAUGGUCAUGAGGAUAGGGUGGAAAUUGGGGACCACAAGCAAGAUGAUGAGGAUGUGGGUCAAGGGAGUGUUCCUCCUAUCGUGCCUGUGAGAGAUGAUAAUGGAAAAUUCAUUAUACGACCUUAUGGUAAAGGACUCAUUCCUAGCAACGCAGUUGCAGAUGCCAUUCGGUAUGCCAUACAAAAACAAUUUCGUGAGCCUAUCUAUGGUUGGAGUGCAACCACUGACAUAAUUAGACAAGAUUGGUUUGAAAAGUUUGCGCUAAGCCUUUGAAUAUAAUUAUAUGUUCAAUUCAUUUUUCUAGCAUAUAUA